AUGAAGAAUUAUAAACUUACUCGGGCUUCUGCUUCAGCACUUCACGAGUUAGACACAGCUCCACCAGAUGCAGAAAGUGGAAGCGGUAAUGGCAGUGGAGAUGGUAGUGAUAACGACAAAUCUGAGCCUAAGAAAGAAACACAAGCUGAUGAGACAUCUGGAAGUGGUGAUUCUGACAUAGACACUAAAGUUUUACAACAGACCAUUAUGAAGAUGAAGAAAGAGGGAUUACUGGAGGCACUCACAGGAUCAAUCAUAAACAGAGGUUCAUGUCCAGAUACAACAAAGCUCUCUUGCUUAAACCUUUUGUACUCAUUUUCCUGCAACAAUGAUGACGAUUGCUUCGAGAAUGGAAUGACGUGYUGUGCKACAAGAUGCACAUAUGGAAAAAAGAUGUGUGUCCCUAGAGUUUCAGCUGUCUGUCCCUUACGACCACCAUAUUAYCAAGGUUACAAGCCAUGYAAAGACUCAACUGAUUGCGGUAAAGGAGCUAUMUGCUGUUUAGAUAUGGCUGGAAGACACUACUGUAACACUGUUGUUGGGACAUCCAAUCUAAUUUAACUGCAAAAAUAAAUCAAGUAAAGUAUUUCAAAAAAGAUGCUGUAGAGAUCAAUGGAAAUCUAAGUGAAUGAAUAGAGAUCUCCGCCUAUAGAGAUAUGGCUAUUCAACAUCGAUAGAUUCCAUUUAUCAGUCAUUGGACAACCUUUUUUGGUAGAGAAYUAUCUACCUGGGUAGUAUGACAGGGAAUUCACAUAUAUUGCAAUGAAAAUGCUGGAGUACAAGAUUUGUGUCGGACAGAUUGGCUAAAGAACAAGCAACAUUGUCAAAACAAGAAAACCCACCAUACAAAGAGUAAUGACUCUUUAUUGAUGGCAUAAGAGUGCAUUGCAUAUUUCUGUGAAAUACAAUCUMAAAAGUUUCUAAAUAAUACUAAGUUCUUAUUUUAAAUAAGUGACUAUUUUGAUUAUACUUCAUGGACAUUGAAAUGCACAAUUUAAGUUACUAUUAUACUUAAAAAACUUUUGACUUCCCAGUGUGAACGGGACUGCUAAAAGCAGCGACACAAUUAUCAGAAUGAACCACUGAAAGGAUGUUCAAUUCACUACUAAGGAAGUAUUUCAGUAUUUCAUAGUAUUUUCUGAGAAAUAAUGAAAUAUCUUUUUCUCAAUAAAAUAAGAUAUAAAUACUACUUUAAUUUUAGACAUUUGAAAAAAUCAUAUAAUAUUUUAGCAUAGUUUGUCAUGUUAACUACAAUUUUAGUGAAAAUAGCAAAUGACAUCAUAUCUAUUUAGAAUAGUAAAUAGCAUUAACUACAUGAAAGUUUUUGAGAAAUACCUCACAAGUAAAUAGUUAUAGGAUUUCACAGCAAUUAGAAGCACAAAACUUAGAAAAGUAGAUGAAUCAAUUUACAAUUAUUGUACAAUUGUAAUUAUUUCAAUUUAUUAUGAAAAAGUUAUGUUUUGUAAACACUAGCGAAGUGAAAUCAAACAUGUAAAGUUGAAAUAUUUUACUAAUAAAAGUAAGAAAUAGA